GUGCGCAUGCGCAGUCCAGCCCUGUGGACUUUGGGUUACUUGGGAAAUUCGCGUCGAGCGGUUGGUUAUUGGUGCGGGCUUUAAGAGCACGGAGGCGCCAUUGAUGAGCGGAUGACUUUGUAAAAUGUUAAUUUGUCAAAAGGAACCUGUAUCUGUUGAUUAAAUAGCUGUACACAGAGACAAACUGAGAGAAAAUGAGCAGGUAGUUUGUUUCCAGCUUUCCCGGAGGAGGAGGAGGAGUUUUUGUUUGUCCCUGACGCCUGGAGAAAGAACCCAAACACAACCUGAGGGGGAAUUAAAGGGUUCGGUUCGGUUCAGUCGAGUCAUGGCUGUGGUUUUAUCUUCUCACUUCCACAUCAUAUGUGUGCUGUUUGUGCUCUUCGACAGCACUGGAGGUUCGGCUUCGCAGACAUCGCAGUUCUCUUCAUAUGAAGUGAGUGUACCAAAGCGCAUCAGCAGACACCGGAGGGAGCAGGACGGUACCGCUUCCAAUAAGGUGUCCUAUGUUAUCCCAGCUCAGGGGAAAGACCAUGUCGUCAUCCUGGAGAAGAACGAGUUUCUCCUGCCGGCUGAUUUUACCGUGUAUUCCUACGCCAAGGACGGAUCGCUGAUCACCGAAAGACCCAACAUGAAGGAUCACUGUCAUUACCGUGGUUACGUGGAGGAUGUUGACGGCUCCUCCGUUGCUCUGAGUCUCUGCUCUGGAUUACGAGGUGUGAUUCACAUGCAGAACACCGGUUUAGGUAUUGAGCCUCUCGAAGGUUCGUCCAAUAACGAGCACCUCGUCUACCGACUGGAGGACGUCAAGACGGAGCCCUUCACCUGCGGCACGCCCCACUCCCAUCACCAUGGCGACCAAGUAUCACCAGGCCACGCCCACAAUGUCACACCUGACCGACCUGUCAGUCAUCUGAUCAGAAAAAAGCGGGCAGUGCUACCCCAGACACAUUAUGUGGAGCUCCUGCUGGUGGUCGAUAACGAGAGAUUUAACUUCACAAACCGCAAUCAGACGGCAGUGAGAGAGGAGAUGGUGCAGCUCGCGAACUACGUUGACAGUAUGUAUGUACCUCUGAAUAUCAGGGUAGUGUUGGUGGGGUUGGAGAUCUGGUCGGUGAUGAACUUGAUCAGUAUAGAUGGUGGUGCAGGUGAGGUGCUCGGUCGCUUCACUCAGUGGAGGGAGAAGGAACUCGUGCCCCGCCGUCGCCAUGACAGCGCUCAGCUCAUCCUGAAGAAAGGAUUUGGUUCUAUAGCAGGCAUGGCGUUUGUGGGCACGGUCUGCUCCAGGAGUCAUGGGGGCGGGAUCAAUGCGUUUACCUAUACAAAUGUAGCAUCAUUUGCUUCCAUUCUGGCUCAUGAACUCGGCCAUAAUCUCGGGAUGAACCACGACGAUAACAGGGAAGACUGCAGAUGUGACUGCAUCAUGAACUCGGGGGCAAAUGGCUCGCGGAACUUCAGCACCUGCAGCGAGGAUGACUUUGAGAAGUUGAUCCUGAACACAGGAGGGAGCUGCCUGCUGAACGUGCCGAGACCCAACGAGGCCUACAGCGCCCCCUACUGCGGCAACAAGCUGGUGGACGUGGGAGAGGAGUGUGACUGCGGCUCUGAGGAGGAGUGUGAGAAGGACCCCUGCUGUGAGCCUAAGACGUGUAAGCUCCGAGCUGGAGCUCAGUGUUCCGAUGGAGUGUGCUGCAAGCACUGCAGGUUCCUCCCUGGCGGCACUGUGUGCAGGGACAGUACAGACGAGUGCGACCUGCCGGAGUACUGUAACGGCUCAUUUGCUCUAUGCCAGCCUGAUGUGUUUAAACAGAACGGACACAUGUGCCGAGGCGGCGUGGCUUACUGCUACAACGGUCUGUGCCAGCACUACGACAGCCAGUGCCAGGCUCUGUUCGGCUCCAAGGCAAAAGCUGCCCCGGAGGCUUGCUUUAAAGACGUAAACUCCAAAGGUGAUCGCUUCGGAAACUGCGGCUACCAGAACUACAACAUAAAGAAGUGUGAGAGCAGGAAUGCCAUGUGUGGAAAGCUGCAGUGUGAGAUAGAUGUGAAUAGUGAUAUCAUCGUGUUCGGCAUCAAGCCCUCCAUCAUCCAGACCCCGAUCGGAGGCACCACCUGCUGGGGAGUGGACUUCCGUCUGGGCACGGAUGUUCCUGACCCGGGCAUGGUCAACGAGGGUACCAAGUGUGGAGAGAACAAGGUUUGUUUGAACUACGAGUGCAGGAGCGCUGACGAGCUGAAAUACGACUGCGAUGCACAGAACAAAUGCCACGCUCAUGGGGUGUGUAACAGCAACAAGAACUGCCACUGUGACUCCAAAUGGGCUCCACCAUUUUGUGAAACCGCAGGCUACGGCGGCAGUAUAGACAGCGGCCCCACCUGGAAUGAUAAAGACACCUCUACGAGAGACGGUCUGCUGGUUUUCUUUUUCCUGGUUCUUCCUCUCCUGGUUUUGGGUCUCUACAUCUUUUUCAGGAGAAAUGAGCUGCAGCGACGCUUCUGCAGGAAAAAACGCUCUCAGGGUUACGGAGCAGACAGCAGGCCGCAGACCAGUAACAGCCGGCCUCUUGCGAAUCAGCGCGCCAACCCCAGCAGCAUCGUGAGAGACGGACAUCAGGCUCAGUUAUUACCAGCUGAAGAGGUGGUUCACACGAGUAAGACCUCGUCAUCAGCGCCGCCGUACGCCUCCAGACCUCCACGCCCAGCGUUUACACGACCCCCUCCUCCUGCCAGUCACCACCUACCUCAGAGACCUGCCCCUCCUCCCCCUGUAUAGCACAUCCAAGACGUGUGAGGGCUUGCUUGCCUCCCCCCGAACCUACGCUGCCCACAAGGACUCCGCCUCCUCUGCCUUGGACCACUUGUCAAUCAAACAGCUGUCAAGCUAAAGACUCGAUCUGAAUCUGAGUACACCCCGAAUCACGUGACAUUUUUAAAAAAAAAAAAAAAAAACCACCCUAUUUAGUGCACUAUAAAGGAACCUGUGCGCUGUUUGGAUCCAGCCGUGGCUUCUACACCGAGACGAACCACCUCCUGCGAGAUUAUCGUACGGAAAGGGCGGGACCCGAGAGCCUCAGCCAACCAAACGGGAUCAAUGUCUGUCGCUGAUUUCAGGUUUCUGCUGCAGCAAGUUGAAUUCUUUAAUUUGUAUUAUUGCCUGCUACUAUUAUGGGAUGUAAAGGACCAGAACCACUGCAGCUGAUGGCACUUCAUGCUUCAGUAUAUUUAGUGCACAAAGAAUAUAACCGUGUCAAGAUUCCUGAUUUAUUAGACUUUUUGUUUUAUAUUUUUGGUGACAAAUGUGGGACAUUUUACUGAGAACGGUAACAAGCAUGAAAUGUAAAAUGUGACAUCAGAUUUCUUGUUUUGGAAAUAAUCAAUAAUCAGUUGUCUGAUUCGGCAUAAUCAGACUUUUUUUUUUAAAUAUACAGGAUGCAUAAAUGCUGCUUUUUAAAAAUGAUGAUUUGAAUUUAAAAUAAUUUAGCGUCAUUUUGAAAGACAGAAAUUACAUUUUAGACGAGUGGGAGUUAAAAUACAAACUGUUAUACUAAAAUGAAAUUUAAAAAAUAAAGAAAAAAAAUCUGUAAUCAGUUCUUGUGAAGUAAAAUCAAAUCAUGUCCUAAGAGAAUCUAUAUAUUUUUAAAAAAGAAAUAAUAUAUAUGCAGAAUAUUAUUGAUGCAAAUCUAAGCCAAUUAAUUUUUUUAAUGAAUUUUUUUUUUUUUAAUUUUUACAAUUUCUAUUUUAUGUCUUCGUUCCUGUUCCAGCAGCAUAAUGAAUCCUGUUCCAGUUUUUUUUUUUUUCAGAUACCACAUUGCUUUUCAAAGUGAAAGGUCAAAGUUCAAUACUGCAAUAAAAAGAAACUCGGUGAACUUUUUUUUUUUGUUCCCCCCCCCAAUCAUCCAUGUAGAUUUUUUUUUUCUCUUAUGUUGAAUAAUAUAUUUGUAAUCGACUGUCUCUUGGAGCAGAUAAAUGUCUAAAAGUAUUGUUUGAUUAUUUUCAUGUCUUUUUUUUUUUUUUUUAUUAGAAACGGUUGUGUUAUGGUGUGUAAUGUAUUGUUUGGAUUUUAUUUUAGAAACUAAAGCCUUAAUUGCAUUAUCUUUAAAGGGCUACAUGAUGGAGACAGAUGGAGAGAAAAACCCUGUUCAGAUCCAACAAUAUUUCAGCAAUAUUCUGUGUUCACAUAACAUAACUGUGUGUGAAGCGUGUGUGUGAAGUGUGUGUGAAGCUGACAAAGUGCCAUACGGUCUCUAAUAACACUGAGCAUCUGUGUUUUUGUGCAUACAGAAGCUGAAAUGACAAUUAUUUGACGACUGAUUGAUUUUAAUAUUGCAUUUGAAUUUAUUUGAUUUUCUUUUCCUUCUUUUCCCUCUUGGUCUGAUUUGCACUGCGUUCCUGAUACUUCCAGCUCCUCUAAGCGCUGUUUGAGGUGCAAAGUUGCACUUUGAUCCCAAAAGAAAUCCAGAAACCAUGCAAACUCCUCUGUUAUUAUUAUUAUUAUUGUACAUUGUAAGAUUUUUUAUUAUUAUUAUUAUUGCAGUGUUUUCACAAAUCGAGAAAGAGCUUGAAGACUCUGGGUUGCUUGUGAUGUGUCGCUAAAGAUUUUAUCAUCACUGUUAUGGCAUAUGCAAAUAAAUAUUACUGUCAUGUUUGUAUAUAA